AUGGGCAAAGAGUGCAAUGCUGGUGCUAUAUACAGCCCACUCUUCCUCAACUUCCACCGCCAGAACCAGCUUUUCCUGGAAAAAGUACGGACUAACAGCGCCUACCCAGCAUUAAUCACGACACAGUUAUCUCUGGCGACACUAUCGCAACUUCUCGCAGUACCUUCACUGACCUUAACUGUUGCGGACGUAUACCGUCCUGUCCUAUUUGACCUCUGCGCGCGCUGGAUUGAACAGCCUGAUUGCACGGAGGACCAGCUUGUGGCUAUAUGCCUAUUGAUAGAAGUACACGAAGAACUUUAUCCUAUCCUCCAUCAGCUCUUGUUGAAGCCAGCAUUUAUUCAAGGCCCUCUCACGUCCCAACAUUUGGACAAACAUCGCCUUCAUUGUCUACUUCUGGCGUAUUACCGCAUAUUGCAAGCCACCCGCCAGCUCCCUGAUCAGCUGCUCUGGUCGUUAUCACAUCUAUCUGCUAUUAUUUGGACACCUACUUUCGACAGUGGGUCUAGACUUUUGGCAAUUCGCUGUUAUGCUUUGCAGAGCGGUAUGUGCGAAGCAGAGCGCGAGAAGCUACAACAAGAAAUACUAGGGGAUGCUUGUGGACUCGAUUGUCCACUAGAAUAUGGACAGAAUAUAGACGGAUCUAUCGUCGAGGUUGACGGGUGGAUUAUGCCUGUUCUGGAGGUGAAGCGCAUUAGGGACGCAAGGAAUCACAUUGUGAUUGGUGUUCAAGAUUAUUUCUCGGAUGAGCAGACAAUACUUGCCUCUGAGUUAAGCCCACUCGUUGCGAAUAUAGAAGGGAUAUUGUUGCUACGCACAACGGGUACCCCCAACGAAAAUUCUCCACUCAUCAGCACGCAAACUACGCGCCGUGCUCUACGUUCAAUGGGCCAUCGGUUAUCAUUGCGUCUCCCCGUCUUGUUGACGUCUCCUCCCUCCUCAGGAAAAUCCGCCAUUAUAUCUCACCUCGCCUCUUGCCUCUUCCCUGACUCUGACAAUCAUGUUGUCAAUAUACACCUUGCGGACACAUCCUUAGACCCGCGAUCGUUACUCGGUUCUUACACAUCUUCACAGACUGAGCCUGGAACAUUUGAGUGGAAGGAGGGCGUUUUGGUUCGAGCAAUGCGAGAUGGAAAAUGGAUUGUGUUCAGAGACAUCGAUCGUGGAAGCAAUGAAGUUCUCGGAGUCAUCAAACCACUCGUCGAGUCUCUAUCUAUCGACAAGUGGAUCGGAGGCUGCGCGACUCUUGAAGUGCCUGGAAGAGGCCGACUUGUUGCACAUCACAACUUUGCCAUUUUUGCCACGCGAUCGGUAGUCCCUUCACGCACGGGAAACUUUCCUAGUCCCCUGUUCUUCGGUGCCCACAAAUUCAGCGAAGUCGUCAUCCCGCUGCCUUCAACAGACGAUCUUGUGACAAUGAUCGAAUCAAAAUUUCCUCGUCUGGCUGGAAGUGCCGCUCGAGCUUUCAUAUGCAUGUGGGAGUCAGUAAAGGCACUGGGAACAUCUACGUCUACAAGGGAUGUUGGGAUGCGAGAGUUGCAAAAACUAUGCGUUCGCGUUGAUAGAUUGCUCCCCGCCUCCCACCAACCCUCGCUUCUCCCAGGAGAUAAACAUUUAUUGUCUGACAUCUUCACCGGCACUACAUUCCGCGAGCACAUAUUCUUGGAGGCUCGCGAUGUCUUCUUUGGUGCUGCAGCUUUGACAAUGGCGGCACGGACACAUCUUGAUGCAGUUGUUGACGUCAUUGGCGAGCACCUUGCACUCGAACCUGAACGACGACAAUGGCUGCUGAAUGGAUGGGAACCAGACUUUCACCUAGAGAAGGACGUUAACGACGCGGUGGUCGCCAUUAAUACCGGAAACACGCGCAUUGCUGCCCGAACUUUGAAGCAAGACAUAUUGUUGUCGCCGCCGCGACCAUUUGCCAUGCAUCGCCCUGCUGUCCUUCUUCUGUCUCGACUUGCUACUGCUGUCUCUCUCGGGGAGCCCGUGCUGCUCACCGGAGAGACGGGUACAGGAAAAACCAGUGUUAUAACUCAUCUUGCAUCUCUAUUGAGGCGCUCACUCAUCUCACUGAAUUUAUCUCAUCAAACCGAGUCUGCGGACUUGCUGGGCGGAUUUAAACCCAUCGACGCUAGAAUACCUGCAUCUGAUUUGCAGGAUCGAUUCUUAGACCUUUUCGGCGCUACCUUCAGUCGUCGUAAGAACGAGAAAUUUGAGACGGAGGUGAGGAAAGCGGUUAGUGAAGGGAAGUGGAAGAGGGCGGUAGGCCUUUGGAAAGAAAGUGCAAAACUGGCCAGGGGACGGAUUCACGGAAAGAUGCAAGAAUCUGCGAUCGAUGAAUUGGACUCUCAAACUCCAAGAAAGCGGCGAAAAGUCGAUUCAUCGAGUCUUAGCGCAUCUGAAGCUAAUUGGAAUGCCUUUGAAAGCGACGUGGUGAAGUUCGAGGUCCAUCAUGUCCAAGGAAAGAGCAAAUUUGCUUUCGGUUUCGUCGAGGGACCCUUAGUAAAGGCAUUGAGAAACGGGGAUUGGGUAUUACUGGAUGAAGUUAAUCUUGCCAGUUCAGAGACACUAGAAUGUGUAUCAAGCCUACUUCAAGGGCCGACAUCUUCCAUCACCUUGACAGAGCAAGGCUCCUUAGAGCCUGUUCCAAGGCAUCCUGACUUCCGUCUUUUCGCCUGUAUGAAUCCCGCCACUGACGUUGGCAAGAAGGACCUUCCUCCCAACAUUCGCUGUCGCUUUACUGAGAUUGAUGUUCCCCCUCCUGAUGCCGACCGGGAUACCCUCGUAACGAUCGUCACCCAAUACAUCGGACAUGUUGCAGUAGGCGAUAAGCCUGCAAUUUUUAAUGUUGCAGAGUUCUAUUCUGCUGUGAAACAACUGUCGGAGACUCGGCAAAUAGCUGAUGGCUCCAAUCAUCGACCCCAUUACAGCAUGCGUACAUUGGCGAGGGCGUUGACCUUCGCUGCAGAUGCCGCAAGUGCGUUCGGCUUGCGACGGGCGAUCUGGGAAGGCUGUCUCAUGGCGUUUACGAUGGUUUUGGAUGGUGCAAGCGCUGAAUUGGUGACAUCCCUAGCACAGAAGCACCUGUUGGCCGGUGUUCGAAAUCCUCGUUCCAUCCUCUCCAAAAACCCUUCACCUCCCUCCUCCCGUUCGCCAGAUGACUUUGUGAAGUUCGGACCAUUCUAUCUUGAGAAAGGACCACUUGAACCAGAUUCAGCCGACGAAUACAUCAUGACGCCCUCGGUGGAAACGAAGCUGAUUGAUCUCGCGAGAAUCAUCCUGACACGCCGUUUUCCCAUUCUCAUCGAAGGACCUACGUCCAGCGGAAAGACAAGUUCGAUCGAAUACUUGGCGCGUCGGACCGGUCACACCUUCAUUCGUAUCAAUAACCACGAGCACACCGAUAUUCAGGAGUAUCUUGGGUCAUAUGUUCCUGAACCAGUUACCGGAAAGCUAGUUUUCCAGGAUGGUUUACUCGUGCGCGCUCUUCGGAAUGGCGACUGGAUUGUUCUGGAUGAACUAAAUCUCGCGCCUACCGACGUCCUUGAGGCACUAAAUCGUUUGUUGGAUGAUAACAGGGAACUGGUCAUCCCAGAGACUCAGGAGGUUGUGAGGCCGCAUCCACACUUUAUGCUGUUCGCCACACAGAAUCCGCCGGGGUUAUAUGCUGGUAGGAAGGUCUUGUCGCGUGCAUUCAGGAAUCGAUUCCUGGAAGUGCACUUCGAUGACGUCCCAGAAGCAGAGCUGGAAACAAUCCUAUGCAUGCGAUGUCGAAUCGCCCCUUCGUACGGAAAGAAAAUCGUUGCUGUAUUCCACGAGCUACAGAAUCGCCGCCAAUCAGGUCGAGUGUUUGAGAGUAAACUGGGCUUUGCAACUCUUCGAGAUCUCUUUCGUUGGGCAGGCCGGGACGCUAUAUCUUAUCAGGAACUAGCAGAGAACGGAUAUAUGUUGCUGGCAGAGCGCACACGACGGUCUGAUGAUAAAGCGGCGGUGAAAGAUGUCAUUGAGUCCGUGAUGGGUGUCCGCCUAGAUGAAGAUGCGAUGUACAACCUCCAGAAUCCCGCCAUCGAUUUCAAAGAUUUUCUUGCAUGUCCAGUGCCUCAAUCAUCAGGUCUUAUCUGGACGAGAGCAAUGCAGCGCCUGUUUAUCCUAGUCAGUCGUGCUUUGCGUUUCAACGAGCCGGUCCUGUUAGUCGGCGAGACAGGUUGCGGAAAGACAUCCGUAUGUCAAGUCAUCGCAGACGCAAAACGGCAGCCACUGCACACUCUUAAUUGCCACCAAGGCACAGAAACUGCCGAUCUCAUUGGUGGACUACGACCUGUAAGAAACCACGUGGCUUUGGAGGCUGACGUACUGCAAGAAGCCCUUGGUUUUCUUCAACAGCAGGGAUAUCCAUCGUCCGCAUCUUCGACACUGGAGAUCAUAUUUUCCCAAUUAGAUUCGGCCUUACAGCUCUCGCCAGACCUACGUCCCCGAGUUGAUGCGAUACGACAAAAACUCCAACGCCUUAAUGCUUUGUUUGAGUGGCACGAUGGUCCGCUAAUCGAAGCAAUGAUAAAGGGGGAUAUGUUCUUGCUCGAUGAGAUCUCUCUGGCGGAUGACUCCGUUCUGGAACGACUAAACAGUGUCCUCGAGCCAUCCAGGACAAUUGUGCUAGCUGAAAAGGGUGGCGACAAUCUCAGCCAUUCCGCAAUCAAGUCGUCAGAUUCUUUUCAGCUGGUGGCGACUAUGAAUCCGGGUGGUGAUUAUGGCAAAAAGGAGCUUUCACCGGCACUACGCAAUCGAUUCACAGAGAUAUGGGUCCCCUCAGUCGACAAUCGCCACGACCUUGAAUUGAUCGUCAACCAUAUGUGGCAGCACGAAGAACUACGAAUCUAUACCUGUGCCGUAUUGGAUUUUGUCGACUGGCUUUGCUCUGUCGUUGGGGACCGCUCUCUAAUGAAUUUACGUGACAUUUUAUCGUGGGUCACGUUUUCUAACAGUGUAUUGUCUUCCAAUGGUACAGGUGUUAUCCCGGGGAACGAGAUCUUCCACCACGCGGCUUAUAUGUCAUACAUCGAUGGGCUAGGCUCACUUCCUCAGCUUUCUGGCUACUCUCAUGAUGCAUUGCAAAAAUUGAAGCACGAUGCUGUCGCUAAGAUGCACAAUCUUGUUCCUGUCUCUGAUAUAGCAUCGGCUGGUUUUGUUCCUUGGUACGAACCUUCAGAGUUCUUCCAGCUUGGGUCAUUCGCCAUUCCCCGAGGUCCUCGGCCACCCGUUUUGGAUCGUUUCAAUUUUCAGGCUCCCACUACACAAGAUAAUUCGAUGCGAGUCAUUCGAGCAUGCCAACUUUCCAAACCUAUCUUGCUUGAAGGUAGUCCAGGCGUUGGGAAGACAAGUCUGAUAACUGCCUUGGCCAAAAUUUCUGGCCACGAGCUUUGUCGGAUAAACCUCUCUGAUCAGACCGAUCUUGCCGAUUUGUUUGGAUCAGAUCUUCCGGUUGAAGGAGGUGGACCAGGAGAAUUUGCCUGGAAAAAUGCAGAUUUUCUGGAGGCGCUCAUCGAGGGUCAUUGGGUGCUACUUGACGAGAUGAACCUAGCCCCUCAGGCCGUUUUGGAAGGCUUGAAUUCGGUAUUAGACCAUCGGGGAACGGUCUUUAUUCCGGAACUUGGGCGCUCCUUCGUCCGACAUAGCUCCUUCCGCAUAUUUGCUGCGCAGAACCCGUUGAACCAAGGGAGUGGACGCAAAGGUCUUCCGAAAUCUUUCCUCAACCGAUUUACGAAGGUAUACAUCGACGAGCUGCGACCUGAUGAUCUGCAUUUGGUGUGCGGACAUCUAUUCCCUGACAUUGACCAAGAUAUCCGUCGUGCCAUGGUCAUCUUCAAUACCAAGUUAAACGAUGAAGUCUCCGUUCGACGUUCAUUCGGCCGAGAAGGCAGCCCCUGGGAAUUCAAUCUGCGUGAUGUUAUCAGAUGGGGGUCUCUUAUUCGUUCUUCAAAGAAACAUCCUAUCGAAUAUCUGCGGGCCGUUUACCUGCAUCGUUUCAGAACCUUGCACGACCGUCAAGUCGCGUCGAAACUUUUUGACCAAAUAUUCCAGAUAGAGAGCGCACGAUUAACUCAAAAUCCCACUUGGUCGAUCACUACAUCUUAUAUGGAAGUGGGACACUUUGCAACGCAAAGAGAGCAAACCACCUCCACCUCACGGCCUGGUCGUGUCCUCAAAAUGCAUCUAUCCGCGUUAGAGGCAGCAGGCCACUGUCUCACGCAGUCCUGGUUGACAAUCAUCACCGGCGGUCGGGAUGUCGGCAAGACAGCACUGGUAAGGCUUUUGGCUCAUUUAACAGGAAACCUUCUGCAAGAGGUAUCCAUGAGUUCGGCAACUGACACUAUGGAUAUAUUGGGGAGUUUUGAACAGGUGGAUUCCAAUGCUGGUGUUUCCACAGUUAUUCAAGAUGCCGUCCGGCUUGCCGGUCAAUAUUCGCGUACAUCAUUGGGCUCUAGGGACCUAUCGUCGAACUAUGAUACCUUAAGAAACGGGCUCCAACAAUCGCGGCCGGGCGAUAAAGAACUUCUUCACGCCGCUCAACAGCUGGUCACUAAGCUUCGCCAAGGCAAUAAUCAGGAUGGCGAGCUCUCAGAUCUGCAAUGCAGGCUUGACCUUCUGGCAGGAAGCGUCGCAAACGCCGGACAGUUUGAGUGGCUCGACGGACCUCUCGUCCAAGCCAUGAAAAAAGGACAUUGGCUUCUUCUAGAUGGAGCCAAUCUUUGUACCCCAUCCGUUUUGGACCGUCUUAAUUCCGUUUGCGAAACAGAUGGCUAUCUCUCCCUCAAUGAGCGCGGGCACGUCGACGGUAAAGUCCAAAUUAUAAAGGCUCACCCCAACUUCAAGCUCUUCAUGUGUAUCGAUCCACAGCAUGGCGAACUGUCUCGUGCGAUGCGGAAUCGAGGCAUUGAAAUCGCCGUCUUUCCAUUACAGUUGUCCGAUGACUCGCUACUGCUGCGGGAUCAUUCUCGUCUGCCUAUUUUGGCUCCCUGCGACCAUAUCCAAUUCGACCUCUCUCGACGGGGUCUCAACCCAGAAAUGUUCACGCCGCGACUGGAUACGUGCCUAGUGUCUUCAGGUCGCGUUCUGGAUCAAGACUCAGCUCUUUCUAGCCUCCUUGAUCAUUGUUCUGCACUUCUUUGGGAUCUCCCGCCGUCAACUCAGCAGGAUGCUUUUAUGAAUUUCCUAGCUCGCUCGGUCAUACCUGCAUAUAGCGUUUAUCUUCGCCGUUUUCUCAUAAAUCUUGAGCAAGCAGGAAGUACUAUAUAUUUUGCUUUGAGAAAGUUUGUCGACGCUUUUCCUGGUCCGGCUACAGACGCAAUAAGUACUUUGCGUUCUCGAUAUUCUAUGAAAAAGAGUGUUCCUUCAGCUCACCUUUUCGCGCAGCCGUUGGACUCCUUUGCCUGGGAAGAGCAGUUACCCGAUACAGAAGCCGCUUCGAACAGCGUCGCUCUGAGGGUUUUGGAUCUCGCCACAUUGAUGCUCUUGGAUGAGUGUGAACCGUCGAAUGCAAACAUAUCGAGUCAAUUGUCCAACUUGCCAGAACGGCAUGCAAAAGCUAUCACCGAGAUUGAAGAUGUCUCGAAAGCGACACACAUUGUAUGCCAUGAAAUUCUUGGCGUCGUUGGGUCGGAGAAUCGCCAGGUUGGGGAAUUGCUCGACAUUGCACUGAAGGUCCUUAUGUACGCCACGAGAAUGCGUUCUGCCGCAUCUCGGUCUCAGUUUGACUAUUCUGCUAUCCAAGCCAUAGUUGGCUGGAUGACUGCAGUUUUGGAGCAAUGCUCAUCCCAGUUUCUUUCACUUCAGGUUUGCGCACUGGUUCUACAAAAUACAGUUUCGCUUUCCUCCGGUCUUGGCCUUGUAGAUCUAUGGUCCUCGUUUUUGAAAUACGACAAUGCACCAGUGGCUUCCGAGCUCGUUCACUUAGAUGACUUGGUCAGUCAUUUGGAAAUAUCGGAUAAGAGCAGAGACACCCGUCGAAAGACCUUCUCACUAAUGGCCCUGCGUAUGACAGGAAAAUUACUUUCUACGGAUGACGACAGCGCGGCUUUGAAUCUAUUAAUCCAAGAUGCCGAGCAGGCAGCUCACCCUGGAAUCAGGUCCGAUGGUUCAUUUGAUGAUGCUAUCCUGGCGGCAGAACUUAGUCUCAUCUCCAUGGACCGGUCAUCAACUUCGCUGAAACGGUUUUUGCAAGCGAUGUGCCGACACUCGAAGUACUCGCUAGUAAGAAUUGUACCUUAUCAGCAUCUGCUCUGGGCGAUCGAUUCAAACGAUGAAACAUCGCCCGUCGUUGUUAGAAAGCAGAUCCAAUGGAUGAAUGAUAUAUGGGCGGGCUCCUCAAGCACUAUGGCCAGCGGUCCUUCAACCUUGCUUGGACCUACUGAUCUGAUAUUUGUAAUAUCGUUGUUUGAGUCGACCUUUGCAAUGGCGUCUUUAUCAGAAUAUGAAGACAAGAUUUCAAGAAGUGUUGAGCUACAUCUGCUGCGAUGCGAAAAUAACACCUCUCGCUUCCAUCAGAUUAUUUUUCUUCUUCGGUACACAUUGUUACUGAUCUCGAACGCCUUUGGUUGUGCCGCAAUUCCCACUGCGACUACCGCAAUGGAUGAGACGUCUCCCUUUGCAGGAGUUCUCACCCAUUUAGAGUUGCAGAAGCACAAUGUGUUUACUGAUGCAGUCAGGACUUACGUUCGACCUGCUUUCGCUCGUUUCAAUCUGAAAUCAAACUCGCGGCGAAGAACGAUGGCGGACCUCGGGCAUUGCUGGAUUGCCGUGGCAAAGAUGAUCCUACAUCUUGUCAUCCCUGAUGUGCCUGUCGACCCCGCUGCGAUCCAAAGUUGUGCAUUGGCAUACUCUCGCGACCAAGACACGUUAUUGUCCUCUCAAAUCGACCUUCACGUUCGUCUGGAACAGAUGGUCACCGGGAAUGCAGAAAACCCGACAACAUCGUAUCUUCAUGCACGCCGGCGCCCCUUCUUGCAAUACAUCGAGCAGACACCAACAUUUCCAUACAGAGCAAACGUGUCCCGAAUCCAUAUGUUCUGGUCGGAGGUCACCCAGUUUGUGAAUCAAGUCGUCUCGUCCCCGAAAAUCGAUGGCUUGCUCCAUCUCCUCGAGGCCGAAGACCCCGCAGGUGGACUUCGAGAGGAGACAACUCAGCAAUCUAUCCAUGGUUUCCUGCAGCGCUUGGAAUCCGUCUAUUCCGAUUUCGCAGACAUCAUAUCUCUUCUUCGGUAUUCCCUCCUUCAUCUUCGCAUGGGCUUGCGCAUAAUCAAGCACGCAUUUCUUGAUUGCAGUGCAUCGGAUGCUGUUGAGCGAUUGGUCACUGCUUUGGUCUCAUUCCCAUCUGUUCAAAAUGCAUCUCUCCUGCUUCAAAGCAAAGUUUCAGUUGCCACUGCAGAUAUUCAUCCCUUUCGACGUCUACUGCUCGAACUCUCGGCACUGGUUUAUGAUGCAUCCACCGGUGUUGGGAAACAAGCACACGCCGGUCUGAUUGAGCAAAUCUAUGACCAAAUGAUGCGCCUUUGGCUUCACGAUCGUAAGAAGGAAGCCGAAGCUGAAAAGGCAGCGCAAUCGUUGUAUCGGACCCACGCCUCAGAUUUCGUUGCCGCGAGUGAAUCUGAAAUCGACGAACAGGAGUUUUUGGCAUUGUUCCCAUCCUUUGAAGACGUUACGGAGAACGAUGAUGGGAAAUCAAGCAUUAGGAGCGGAGCACCUGUUCCAUCCUUCGUUACUUCGUCACAACCCCAAGAAGUAUUCGAUCUCCAUCAAAGACUUUUCAUGCCAGACCGCCACUAUCCUGACACGGAUUCCAAAACAUUUCUUGACCUUCGGCUACGAUCACUAAAAGAAUUGCAACGCCCUUUGAACGCUUUGACGGAUACAAUAGACGACUUGAGCCUUGCCUUCAAUCUAUCGCUGCUGUAUGGCCGGUAUAUUGAGUGUAGAAAGGGCAAUGUCCCAAAGUCAUACAAUUUCUAUCUCCAGGCGAACAUACCAGAGGUUAGGAAGGCUGUUGAAGUGAUACAAGGGCUGCGAGAACGCCUUGAAUCUCUUAUUAAGGAGUGGCCAGACCAGAUGGUUUUACAGCAUUUGAAAGGACGCUGCGAUGUCGUGCUAUCACUGGACAUUAAUAGUCCCGUCGCCAAGGUUUUAUCCGCCCUGGAGCAUCUCCUGUUACAGACGGAGGACUGGGAAAUCUAUGCUAAUCGCGAUAACAACCUCAAAUCCGAACGUGCGGCCAUCACAAGUCUCAUUGUGGAAUGGCGUCGCCUGGAAUUAUCAUGCUGGGACACACUUUUGGAGUCUGAAAGCACCAAGUUCCAAUCUGGGAUUUCAGAAUGGUGGUUCCGUCUGUAUGAUGCAACGGUCCGCGGCCCACUCGACGCUUUGGAGCACGAGGAAGCGGGUGUAGACAGUGUUUCUACGUACUUCGACAAUCUUCUACCACUGCUCGACGACUUCAUGCGAGGCAGCCCCCUCGGUCAGUUCCAUGCGAGGUUGAAGCUUCUUCGCAGCUUCGAAACAUACUGCCAACUUGUAGCAUCUACGAAGUCUCCAUCUGGGCGCGCGACAUUGGCCCGUGUUCGGUGCAUACUCAAAGCGACCGCAGAUUACUUCGAAAUGUAUUGGCCAAGCUUAUCUUCCUAUCUGCUCGACCAACGGUCCAUGCUGGAGAAGGAGGUCAAGGGAUUUGUUAAAUUGGCAAGCUGGAAGGAUGUGAAUGUUCAUGCACUGAAACAAAGUGCCCAGCGAACGCAUCAUCAGUUGUACAAAAUCAUCCGGAAGUUCCGCGACAUCCUGCGCCUCCCCGUCUCUGAUCGGCUUCCACCGCAAUCUGUAGGCACAAGUGAAGGCGAACGUGAAUCCUCAGAGCUGCUGCUACCCAAUCGUAACAUCGAAACUCUCCCCGUCCCAAUCUUCCCUGAUCAUAAUGACUCGGCAUCGAUGCCGCAUCUGCUCAACCUUGAUCGAACAUACCACAGAUUUACCGAGAUCAAUAACACCCGAUUGCAUCCUUUCAUCGCAUCUCUUCUGCCGCGUCAUGUUGACUCGCUCGCCGUUGAGAUCAUCGUCCAGUCACAGAACUUGUCGACCGUUGCCAUUCCGGCAGAUGCAACUUCGGAAAAGCGCGAAAAGUAUCAGAAAGCACUGCUUGUUCGGAAGCGGAAGGUCUGGAGUGACCUACUCAAGGAACUGAAACGCGCUGGCUUUUCCACCAGUCUACGCCCAAAUACCUUGCGUGAACAGCAUGACGCUCGUUGGAUUAGGGAGCAACCUAUCUUGCUAUCGCAUCACGAAUCGGCCGAUGCUACGAUUCAAAAAAGCGAAUCCUACUUCAUUCGAUUGCAAGGGAGCUUGACAGAUUUACGCGCGUCCAUUCCGAAUCAUCACUCCGAUCUGACUACUCGUGAACUCCAGCGAGGUGUUAUGUUCCUUGAAUCUGGUUUUAAUAUGGCUAUUCAGUCUAGAGCAAGGCUGGCUACUGCGAUGGAAGAUUAUUCGAAGUUCAAGCAAAAUUUGCUUCGGAUACGCAUGCUCUCAACCUGUUCUGGCAUUGCAUAUACGGGCAAGAAAGUUCUGGAAGAAAUUUCAAACCUCAGAGCUGUAUCUUGUCGACUGUCCAGUGCUUUGCAGGAAAUUACGGGCGGUCUUACCAUCCUCCGGGAAGUCGAUUGCAUCAACCCUGUUCCCGAUUCCAGUAUCCAGGAGACAAAGGACCUGCUAAAUGUAGUGGAGAAAUCUAUCCGAGACUUGACGCUAGUCAUCGAUGAUGUUCAGCUAACGAAUGUGCCCAUCCUCUUAGCAGACGAACUGCCGCUAGUCGAAAGUGCACGUAGUUGCAUCAAUCAAGUCGUGGCUGCACUCCCUGGUUUGGCUGAAAAAUACCCUCAUGCUAGACAUCUUUUCGCCUCAACUACGAGCUGGCUUCAGUCUCAAUCCCUUUCGCCCCUUUGUUCUGAUGUAGGGGAAGCGCUUACGUCACCCAUCAGCGACAAUGUGAUAGAUGCAUGUCUAGUCACUGCUCAAGGAUUUAUGGCCAAAUGUUCUGAUUCCCUUCCUCAAUCUCAAGACGACGACAGAGACGCCUAUAUUCGAAGCGACUAUGCUACCAUUCACGAUAUGACCAAAGUUGCGAAAAUUGGGGGCAUGGUCGAAAACCUUGAACAUCUCCUACUACGAUCAGUGACUCAAUCGCAUGCAGAGCGGGCCAGUGCCCUCCAUCGCUGUCUUCCCUUCCUCGAACAGUACAGUCUUCUUGUACAAGACCAAUUGAUUUCCCACUGUGCUUGGACGAAAUCUCUUUUCAAACUCGACUUUGUACUCUGUUCGCUUCUUCGUAGUCUGUCGAAAGAAGGGUUUUGCAAGCCACCAGAUGUCGAUGAAUCAGGGUCUGGAGAAGGUGCUACAGAAACUAUUGACGGCUUAGGCAUGGGUGAAGGAUCAGGCUCCCAGAACGUCAGUAAGGAAAUUCAAGAGGAGAGUCAAGUGGAGGGACUGCAGGGCGACAAUGCAGAUGAGAAAGACGGUGGCAACGACGAAGAGGAAGAUGAUGAUGCUAUUGAAAUGGCUGAUGAUUUCGGUGGUGGAAUGCAAGAUGUUCCGGAUACAGGAUCUCAGGAUGAUUCAGGCUCCGAGGACGGUAACGACGAAAACCCCGACGAACAAUUGGGUGAUUUAGAUGCCUCCGAUCCUGAUGCCGUUGACGAAAAGUUGUGGGGGGACGAAAAGGGGCCAGAGGACUCAGCGCCGGAACAGACCACUAGCAAAGAUCAUUCCCAACAGCAAUCGGACAAUUCGGAGGUUGCAGCGAAAGAGGGCAACGAGAAAUUGGAUUCAAAGAAGGACGAGCCACCCAAGGAUGGAAAACCGGAUGAGAUCGAUGAUGAAGGUGAACAGGCUCCAGAUGCCGAGCCCGAGGAAGCGGAGGAAGACCUUCAGGCCAACGGAGCUCCAAUGGAUGACCACAUUGCCGAUGCUGAUACUCUGGAUUUGCCUGAUAACAUGGAUCUUGGUCUGGGGGAGGAAGACAAUGAUGACAUGAAUGUCGAUGACGGCGAUCUUGAAGGACCCGAAGAUGAUACCAUGGAGCCACCGGCCGAUGAUAGCGCUGAGGAUGCUGUAGAAGGCAAAGUCGAAGAACAGAUCCAAGGCGACGAUGAGAUGAACGAAGACGCAGCCGACACUCAACCCGGACAAGCGGAUAAAUCUGAUGACCACGAGGACACUUCUGGGGAAGAAGGAAUAGCUCCUCCCGAUGUUGGUACAGGCGACGGUGCUUCAGCUUCAACAGAUAAACCACAGCAGGCUGAUGGUGGGGAAAGUGCGUCGGGCGAUGCUCAGGUUUCUUCAGGGGCCAGCGGAGAAACUGCUGAUGCCUCAAGACAAGAAACUUCUAUGGAACUAGAUGGUCCUCGUCCUGUGGAUACAGCUCAACUGCCCGAUAACCCGUCAGUCGGCGAAAGCUCUGGUGCUGAUGGUACUGGCCUCCAACAAAGUCAGAAAACAGUCCAAGCCAGCACCCAGACGACAAGUGAUCCUAUGCGUAGUAUCGGUGACGCCCUAAAGGAGGUCAGGCAGCAGUUCAAUGAUAUCCAGAACAGUGACCGGAACGACGCACCCCAAGAGAAGCCCAUAAGUAGCGAAGGAACUGAGCAGCUCGAGUACCUUCGUCCUGAUGAUCAGGAUCAGGAGAUGCAAGCGCUUGGUCCAGCUGGGGAAGAGCAGAGAGCGAAGCUAAACGAGCUAAAUCUACUGGAUGACAAAACACACGGUGACAUUGAGACACCGAUGGACAUCGAGAUGCCGUUGCAUGGGGAUGAUAACGUCGUUGAACCCUCUCACAAAACGCAAGACCAGGCAGACGAUGAUAGCGAGGAACGGCUGGAAAGUGAAGAAGGUGCUAUCAUGCGUAAUCCGACGUAUAACCUCCAUUCCGAUCCAAGAGGUGUUGAUCCCAAUGCUCCAAAAGCGGACGUUGAAAUGGAAGAACAUGUUCCUGACAGUGAAGUGGAGGUUCAUUUACGGGAUUGGCAAGAAGCAGGGUUACCUUCUGAAGGUGCUGAACGUAUGUGGCGCCUCUAUGAAUCCUUGACGCAUGAUCUUGCCUAUGCUCUGUGCGAGCAGCUCCGGCUUAUCCUUGAACCUACUCUUGCUACUCGACUUAAAGGGGACUACCGCACAGGAAAGCGUCUGAACAUGAAGAAGAUCAUACCCUACAUCGCCAGUGACUACACCAAGGACAAGAUUUGGCUCCGCCGAACCCGUCCCAGUCAGCGUGAAUACCAAGUCCUUAUCGCGUUGGACGAUUCUCGAUCAAUGUCCGAAUCUCAUUCCGUUCAUCUCGCAUAUCAGACACUUGCUCUUGUCUCCAAAGCUCUCACACGACUCGAAGCUGGAGAUAUCGGUAUAGCUAAGUUUGGAGAGUCUGUGGAUAUCUUGCAUGGGUUUACCGAAGGUGCAUUCACUGAUCAGACGGGGAUGAAAAUCAUGAGCGCCUUCACUUUCAACCAGAAGGCUACGAAUGUGCUUUCACUCGUUGAUCGGAGUCUGGAGGUGUUGGAGAAGGCUCGGGAGAAACGGUCGUCAGCGUCAUCAUCGGAUUUGUGGCAGCUGGAGGUCAUCAUAUCAGAUGGGAUUUGCCAGGAUCAUGAACAGCUUCAUUCGGUGCUGAGGAAAGCGGAGGAGCAAAGGGUGAUGAUUGUGUUCAUCAUCAUCGACUCAUUGGACACUGCGCGCGGUCUCAAGCAAGGAUCCAUCCUGUCCAUGGAGAAAGCUGACUUCAAGAAUAUCGAUGGUCGAAUGGAGCUCCAGCUCAAGCGAUAUUUAGACUCUUUUCCAUUUGAGUACUAUGUUGUGUUGAGGGACGUGGAGGCUCUUCCAGGAGUGUUGGCAGCUACCUUGAAGCAGUUCUUCGAAAGGAUAUCAGAAGAGUAG